AUGUUUCCUAAUUCACCUGAUGCUUUCCAUCAAGUUAGGAUGAUGCAAUCCCUGAUCAAAGCAAGUAAUUUCAAGUUACAAUCAAUGGAAUUUAGAUGUCAUUCAAAUAAUGUAUGUGAAUAUCAAAUGGAAAUGUUGCAUCACUUGUUAUCAGUUGAAGCUAAAACAUUGCCUAAUUUAUCAUUAAUUGAACAGCAACCAGAAAUCAAAUUAGGUAUGAGACCAUUGUUGUUGGAUUUCUUAAUGGAAGUUAUCACUAUUCUCAGCUUGUCUAGAUCUACAUUCCCUUUGACUGUCAAUUUGAUUGACCGUUAUUGUUCAACCAGAAUUGUCAAGAAACAACAUUACCAGUUGUUGGGAUUGACUAGUCUUUGGAUCAGUUGUAAGAACUUGGAUUCAAAGUUCAAAGUUCCUACAUUGAAUGAUUUGAGAAAAAUUUGUGUUGACAGUUAUUACAAAGAAUUGUUUGUGGAAAUGGAGAAACAUAUUUUAAAAUCAUUAGAAUGGGUCGUCAAUGCUCCGACAUUUGAUGCCUUUAUUGAUUUGUAUUCAAACUUGUUGAUUUCUAACAGCAGUAACUUUGAGGUUGCAAACAUUAUCAAAAAAUCAUCUCAUAAAAUAAAAUUGUUUUCCAAUUAUAUUGGUGAAUUGUUCCAGUUUUAUCCAAACAUUUAUUACGAUUACACAUCGUCACAAAUUGCUUUGAUUGCUAUUUUAAUCACGGUCUUGACGUUGAAGAUUCCUGUUGAUUUAAUUAGUUUGUUGAACUUUUACAAUGGAUUGGUUAAAACUGAAAUGUUUAAAUCCAAUGUUGAACAAGGUGCUGAAGAUCAGUUUGAGGAAAUUCUUUCAGUUGACUCUUUCAAAUCAUUAUUCAAUAAGAGUUUCUUCAAGAACUUGAUCAAGAUAAUUGAUAAUCCUCCAAGCAGUCUCAAGAUUAAGUACUUUGCUGAGAAUGGUAAAUAUUCGGUAUUGAUGAAACAGUUGGUCACUACUGCUUCCAACACCUUGAAGUGUAUAUUGGAUCCUGUUCCAACAACACCAAAGGCUAAUAGUUUUGUCAAACAUCAACAACAACAACACCAUUAUCACCCAAGACCGCCAAUGAGUAUUAAUACCUCAAUGAUUCCAUUGACACCUGUAUCCAAUAGCACUAGCCCUAAUAGAUUCAGUCCUGAUCAGAUAUUUUCGGAAAAUGAGUCUACUCCUGGUAUUGCCUUUGGUACCAUGACACCUGAUUCCCAAUCAACAUCACCUGGGGAAAAACGAAGUUAUGAAUGCAUUGAUGAGUUAGAGAUUGGCACAUCAACCAUUGCUGGUUACACACUCAAAAAUCAUGAUACAUUGAAAAGAUCGAAGAGUGCUAAUUAUGGUACACUUUUCUAUCUUCAACAAUAA